AUGGCUUUCGGCGAAAAGGCAAACAUUGUUGCAAGUGGCACAAUAGUUGAGAUUAAUGUGCCAAACCAGCCGGUUCAUAAUGUUCCUUUGGGAGAGGGGAGCAUAAGAGUAGCUGUGAAUUGUGCACUAAAGGGAGAUUCUCCACUACCAAUCCCUGUGAAAGGAGUGUUCGAAACGGUUGGAGAUGCCCUUGGGUCGCAAGUAGCUUGGCCUCAAGAUCUUAUUGUCUUUGAUGAUAAAGUGAAGAAGAAGGAAACUACAAAGGAAAAAUUAGCAAAGACUUUAUUCAAGUCUAUAUCACCAACAAUGCCCCAAGUCUUGCAAGGUUUUAUAUGCAUACGCACAUCAAGUGAUGUCCAAAGCUAUUUGUUUCGCUUGGUAAAAAGCCAACAAAGGGAUCAAGUGAUUGGAUUUAUGGACCCAGCACGUAUCGCACAUGAUCCAAGAGAUGGGAAUUUGUGGGGACAUUGGAUCCUAACAAUAAUUGAUGAGGACAAAGAUAAUGUGUAUGUCAUGGAUCCUCUUGGGGCUCGUCACUCUCAAGAUGCAUGGAAAACUGUUCUAAAUAAGUGUUAUUUAUCUGUUAAAGUGGGAUCAAAGCUUUCAAUGCGCAAAUUAGGGGACGACCUCGGUGCUCCUAAACAAAGCGAUGGCAAGUCAUGUGGGUAUUUUGUGAUGAGAUACAUGAAGGACAUUUGUAAAGAUUCCUCACUUAAAUUUAGAAAUAAGUAUAGAGCUAGAAGGAAGGACACGUACACCCAAAUGGAAUUGGAUGAGGUGCGAGAAGAAUUGGCAACUCAUGUCCUAGAAUGGCUUUUUGAUUGA